AUGGGGCCAGGAAACACCACUAUGAUGGUAACUGAAUUCAUCAUAUUGGGGUUUGGAGACCUCAAGGAGCUGAAUCCCUUGCUCUUCCUGGUAUUUGGUGCCAUCUACUUAGCCACCAUUUCAGGAAAUCUUCUUCUUGUGGCAUUGGUGAUCACACAACAGGUACUCCAGACUCCAAUGUACAUCUUUUUGGCGAACCUGUCAUGCCUGGAAGUGUGUUAUACGUCCACUGUCAUGCCCAAGAUGCUGCUGGACUUGUUGAGGGAAAAGAGAGUGAUCUCCAUGGUGGGUUGCAUUAUCCAACUCUACUUCUUUGGGGCCCUGGGCUGCACUGAAUGUUUUCUGCUGGCUGUAAUGUCCUAUGACCGCUACCUGGCUGUCUGCCGGCCCUUGCAUUAUCCAACACUAAUGCAUAAAGCCCUUUGUAGAAGGUUAGUAAUUGGAUCAUGGCUUAGUGGCUUCACAAUGGCAGCUGCAUCCCAGGCUGCCAUGAUAUCCAGCUUGACCUUCUGCGGUGACAAUGAGAUUGACCACUUCUUCUGUGACUUGAAACCUCUGCAGAAGCUCUCCUGCUCAGAUCCAUAUCUGGUCAACCUGGUCUGCAUGAGUCUUACAGCCCUUGUAACAAUGGCUCCCUUUGGACUAACUCUAGGCUCCUACUGGAGGAUUCUUUCAGUGGUCUUGCAUAUAACUUCUAAGACUGGUAGGCAAAAGGCAUUCUCCACAUGCUCGUCUCAUCUAGUAGUAGUGACCCUGUUUUAUGGAACAUUAAUCCUGGUCUAUGCUGUUCCCUUAGCUGGCCAAGUGCCAGCUGUCAACAAGACGUUCUCCUUGCUCUAUACUGUUGUCACUCCCAUGUGCAAUCCUCUUAUCUACAGCCUCAAAAAUCGAGAUGUCAAGGAGGCUCUGAGAAAGCUGGGGAUUUGA